AUGGUCCCAGAGCAGGGGCCCGCCAACAACAGCACCCCGGACUGGGAAUCAGGGCCACCGUCGGAACCGGGGGGCAGCGGCUGGGUGGCGGCGGCGCUGUGUGUGGUCAUCGCGCUGACGGCGGCGGCCAACUCGCUGCUCAUCGCGCUCAUCUGCACGCAGCCCGCGCUGCGCAACACGUCCAACUUCUUCCUGGUGUCGCUCUUCACGUCGGACCUGAUGGUGGGGCUGGUGGUGAUGCCGCCGGCCAUGCUGAACGCGCUGUACGGGCGCUGGGUGCUGGCGCGGGGCCUCUGCCUGCUCUGGACUGCCUUCGACGUGAUGUGCUGCAGCGCCUCCAUCCUUAACCUCUGCCUCAUCAGCCUGGACCGCUACCUGCUCAUCCUCUCGCCGCUGCGCUACAAGCUGCGCAUGACGCCCCCGCGCGCCCUGGCGCUGGUCCUGAGCGCCUGGAGCCUGGCCGCGCUCGCCUCCUUCCUGCCCCUGCUGCUGGGCUGGCAUGAGCUGGGCCGAGCGCGGGCACCCGCCCCCGGCCAGUGCCGCCUGCUGGCCAGCCUGCCCUUCGUCCUCGUGGCGUCGGGCCUCACCUUCUUCCUGCCCUCGGGCGCCAUCUGCUUCACCUACUGCAGGAUCCUGCUGGCCGCCCGCAAGCAGGCCGUGCAGGUGGCCUCUCUCACUACCGGCAUGGCAGGCCAGGCCUUGGAGACGCUGCAGGUGCCCAGGACCCCACACCCAGGGAUGGAGUCAGCCGACAGCAGGCGUCUAGCCACCAAGCACAGCAGGAAGGCCUUAAAGGCCAGCCUGACACUGGGCAUCCUACUGGGCAUGUUCUUUGUGACCUGGCUGCCCUUCUUUGUGGCCAACAUAGCCCAGGCCGUGUGCGACUGCAUCUCCCCAGGGCUCUUUGAUGUCCUCACGUGGCUGGGUUACUGCAACAGCACCAUGAACCCCAUCAUCUACCCACUCUUCAUGCGGGACUUCAAGCGGGCCCUGAGCAGGCUCCUGCCGUGUCCCCGCUGCCCCCGGGAGCACCAGGCCAGCCUUGCCUCACCCUCCAUGCGUACCUCUCACAGCGGCCCACGGCCGGGCCUGAGCCUGCAGCACGUGUUGCCUCUGCCCCUGCUGCCGAACUUGGACUCGGAGUCGGACUCAGGCUCCGGGGGCUCCUCAGGCCAGCAACUCACAGCCCAGCUACUGCUGCCUGGAGAGGCCACCCGGGACCCCCCACCACCUGCCAGGACCACUACCACAGUCAACUUCUUCAACAUUGAUCCCGCGGAGCCUGAGCUGCAGCCGCAUCCACUUGGUACCCCCACGAACUGA